AUGUUAGAGGCGUCUUGUUUUUACAUCUCGUGCGCUAGAGGAGAAUUAUUAAGUGGAACAAUUGGAAUUGGGGUUUGCAAUUUGGCCUGUCAUUCUGGAUAUGGCACGUGUUUGGCAAUCGGCACUGCCGGUGCAGCCUCAGGUCAGUCAUUAUCUAAAAAUACCGAUAGAAAUGAAUUUUUAGUUGCUGCACAACGUAGUAAAUUGGGUGACAUAUUGCGACCGGACAGUAGGAGUUCGGGACACUAUUAUUUACUGGAAAGUAUCUUGGGUGAAAAUCUGAUUGUUGGCCAAAUUUUACUUGAUACUGAUGAUUAUACAUUUGAUCCAGCAGACACAUCCUAUGAAUCGCAACUCAAAGUGCUUGUAAAACAAAAUACACGUAGUGGAAGGCCCAGCCAAAAGCAUAUGGAUAAAACAGAUAUAGCUCAUCGAUGCUUAGCAGAAAUCCAGUCUGGAAUAGCCUUUCAAAAAACAAAUGUCAAUAAAAUACUUGAUCUCUGGAGUAAAUAUCAAAAAGAGGAGCUCCACGAAAAUAUUGAGAAGCAUUUUCUUCUAGCCGUCGAUGCUUUACCGUUAAUGGAAAUAGCUAAUAAUUUAGCUAAUCAAUAUGCAGGCGCUUUCGCUCGUAUUGAAUGCCGUUUAGUUGCAGCGAGUGAUUUAGAAAAAUACAACCUUUUGCCCAAAAUUGUCGAAGAACCAUCACUUGGUGAUGGUACGUUUUUCUCUCUGCUUUCAGCUGAAUGGGCCGAUAACAAAGAUUUGGUUGUUAAGAAAAUAAAAUGA